GUUGUCACUAGGUGAACGACAGCUCGUACGGUAAUGAAAAAAUGACAGAUACUUCGAGAAUCGUGAAUUUGGUAUCGAUCAUUGUUUCGAUGCAUCGAACGAUAUUACAAAAUACAACAAUUACAUUGUAAAUUUGCACGACAGCUAGAGGAGUGAAACAAACUCUUCGUGCCGUUGUUGUACCGAACACGUUUGAUGGUCCGAUAAAUUCGAGGCCUCCUUCGACCAAACACAUGUUAGAGCGUGUACAAGAACUGUCGGUACGUUCUGAUUGUUGAUCGUAAGCACAGGACAUUCGUAGGCGAGAGGUUCGUGAAAAGGUUGAACGAUUAUAUUGUCCCUUUCCGAUCGGUGAGCGUCGGAUUCGAUCAAUGUGCUACUGUUCACUACGAUUUGAAAAAUGACAGUGACGGUGUGCACCCGUGAAACCAACGAAUUGUCGCGGAGAAGUUGAUUUCGGGAGGUGGCGAUCGUUAUUUCUCGCUGAGACUUCAUUGCGAGCACUUCGCAAAAAUGAAUGACCUUCUGAAAGAACUUGAGGCUCUGAAAAUCUCGGGCGAUUUUUCUCAGGAUGGUUUGUGGUCGGCGUGUAUCGAUCUUAUUCAGAAAAGUUAUGUGCCUGAAAAGACAGUCGGUGCUAGCCGACCAUGCGAGGAAAAAGACUUUAGAGAGUACAGGCAAAUAGUAGACAGAAAUUUGCGAAACAUCAGGUGCAUGCUUCAGCAUAUCAUUCACAGUCGCGAUCAAGGGAAUGCUCCAAUAGACUUGAACUCGUCGGUAGUUAGAACUUUUGUUAUUAACUUGUUGUUACUUGCUGGGGAACACCACGAGAAAAACAUUUGGAACACCGCAGAGUCUGUUUCCAUCUCCAAGGAACUACUCAGUGGAGUGUCAGAAUUGUACAGAUGUCAAAGCAUCUCCCAAGUUUUAACAGAGCAAGACAACUUUACCACAGUAUUGUUAACGUUAAGACCAAAGUUGAUGAAAGACACUUGGAAAGCUUAUCCAGCAGCUGUAGCAUGUUAUAAAUGGAUUUUGUAUCAAAUUGAGAAACCAGGUUUAUACGACCAUAUUGGCAAUGUUCUUCCAACAGCUUUAAUAAUCAUCGAUGACUAUGUGCCAGAAAAUAUUGUGAUAGGUCUUGAAUGUUUACAUCAAAUUGUGCAGCAUUCUCAUUUGAAGAAGGGAUUGAUUGAUACUGGAUAUGCCAAAGUAAUAUUUCAUGCUUUAGAGCAUUUAACACAUCAGAGAGAAGCCAAAUACGUGAUAUUGGUAUAUAUGUGUAUGUCAAGUUUAUUAGCUACUAUCGAACACUGGGAUAAUACAUUAAAUGUGUUUGAAUGGACACAACGCGACGACGUUCUAGCUGUCUUGUUAGAUAACAUGGAAUUUGAGCAAAACGUGGAACUGAGGCGUGUUUACAUGAUGAGCUUGCCUCAACUAUUAACUAAUAUUGGCUGUGCAAAAUGGUGUGAGAGGUUAACUAGAAUACUCUCGGAAUACUGCGAACAUCAUACAGACCUCAAAACGUUGAAAGCAACAUUGGAGACUGCCAAGACCUUCCUUUUGAUGUUUCACCUGCGCGUGGCAGCUCACUGCGUACCUUUGUACACGGCAUUCUUGAAAUUGCAUUUUGAUUUAACAGAAACACCAGUAUUUGAUAAAGAAAUAAUGCAAAAUUUGGAGGACUGCAUUUGUUUGUUAUAUAAACUGUCCCCGAACGUAGGUUGUGCCGUUAUGAAUGACGAUCGGAUGCGAUCGGUGAUUAAAAAUAGUUUGCAAGUAGUAUGCCUAGGUGAUACCAAAUACUUCGAGUGAGUGAACUAUACAAGUCUGUUUUAGAACCAAGUCUAACAAAUUAUGGGCCACAUUAUUUAAAAAAAAAGAAAACAUUAUUUUUUGUAGUUUCUUAGGAUAUAAUACAAUAAAAUAUAAUGGAUAGUACUUAGACGCCUUAUUUGUGAUUUAAAAAAUAAAUGUAUAGUACAUUUGUAUUGUAAAAUAAAGAUUUUUGUUAGAA